AUGUUUUUAACAAUUGAAGAGAUUGUAUUAUGGUUACGUUUAAGUAUAUUUGAAAUAUGGAUUCAUUUAAUAUCGAUAACAAUUUUCUCAAUAUUAUUACCAUUAAAAUUGGAUAAUUAUUUAGAUGAAUAUAAUUGGUUUAUAAUUUUUAUACCAUUAUAUGUAUGCGAUAUUUUAAACGCAUAUUUUAAUGUUAUCCUAGUGAUACGAUUAUAUUUGGAGAAUUCAUUUAAAGUGGCAUUUGUACGUGCCUUCUCUUCAUCUGCAUACUUUAUUUUACCGAUUUUCUUUAAAAUAUUAUUAUGUAAGAAAUUGGAAGGUGAACCGUUAGAAUAUUCUGAAGUGUUUGCAGCUUUGUUUGUUUUAUUACAGCUGAUGGCGAUUAAAGCGUGUCAAUUGAAUAAUCAAUAGUUUUUAAUUUUUUUUUUUUUUGUAUGA